UCCAUGGUUGUUGAUAGUCUUGAAGAGAAGCUCGCGCGUGCGAGUGAGGUACGGAUCGAGCUUUGCCGCGUUUACACGCACCAUCCUUAUUACAAAUAAAUGUGUAUACAUUAUACUAUAUUUGUAAAUGUGUACUUUCAACUUUCUUUACAACAGCGAUCAAUUAAUUCACUUAGUGCUCGUUUAUACACCACGCGGUGUUCAUUUACAUUUGACACAUUAAAUGGACUAUGAUUGAGGAAAUCUAAAGAAGUUAAUUGGAUUUCGUUUUCACCAUAAUUUUUCAAUUAUAAAUAACUAUGGCUCCGACAGUAUGCUUACCGGAAUUGUCAGUUGUAAGAAGUACAGAAAACCUUUAUACGCGCCGACGACAAAGGAUGUGUCGUGUUAUCAAAGGAAAACAACCGAAACUGGAAUUAAGGCGAUUAACCAAUGUCAUAGACUCCGACGUUGAAAAAUCUAUAACAUCUUCGCCCAUAAAGAAUUCUUCGUUUGAAGAUAAUAAUUCUCACGAGUCCGUUGACAUAAAUAUUUCAUCAUCGAACGUUUCAACAAAAAUUUCGGAAAAGUUUAUGGAACGUUGUGAUGUAAUACUUCCCAGACGUGAAGGUUUAUUUAAUAUCGUUGUACGUACGUUGGCUCUUGUACGACGAAAUCGUAUUCUUCAGGAACGAGUUAAUGCUUUACGUGCAGAGACACAUGAUUUCAUUCGAUCGGUAUUAAAUAAUCCACAAAAUAAGUGCAGACAACAAGAAGAUAUGAUAACAACGACAACAAGUCGUUGCAAAGAUGCGAUAGUUUCGUCUUCUACCGAAAGAAUUGUCUUGAAGCCAACGUUAUCGCAUGUCCCAGAUACAAGGAAUUCUUCACCGGAUAUUGUUACGUCCACGUGUCAGAGUCCCUGGGAAAACGAGGAUUAAUUUAAUCUUCAUGCGAAGAGUUCUAUGAAUAUAUAUAUAUAUAUAUAUCACAUUA